UCAUGGCUCAACAAUCAACCAAACGGCCCUUGAAAAUCAUCGCCGGCGCCGAUUCCUUCGGCUGCGACCUCAAAGACACCUUACUCUCUCAGCUCCGCCAUCUCAACAUCCAAGUCGAAGACCUCGGCACCGACAAAUACUACUCUGUCGGCGCGGAAAUCGGCCGACGAAUUAGCCAAGCUGCUGACGACCCUGCUAUUGAAACCCGAGGACUCGUUGCUUGUGGUACCGGCGUCGGAGUCGCUAUCUUUGCUAAUAAGUUCCCCGGCGUCUAUGCUGCCACGUGUCUCAACCCUGAUGAAGCACGUAACGCUCGUUCCAUCAAUAAUUGCAAUGUCCUCGCCGUCUCCGGCAUGAAUACUACGCCGGAAGUGGCUUCCGAAGUUCUCAAGACGUUUCUAGAAACUCCGUUCAAGUCUCCUUGCCCCGCCUCUGGAUCAAACCCUUGGCCCGAUGAGAUCGCCCAAUUUUUAGAAAAUUCGGUUCGUGAAAUGAACAAAAUUGGGGCGGAGCUAGCAUAUACUCAGGGUUACCCUUUGACGAAAACUUACAAUAUAACCUCCUUCGGGAUGGGCCAAGUCGAACGUGCAGAAGUAAAGCUGGACGGAGGGAGUACUACGGAACCAGGGGACUGUCAUCUUUGUUCAUUGGUGAAGGGCAGAGAAUUUAAGCCCGUGGACAUAAUGCCUGGUGGUUCAAUUCUGAUAGUAAGGGAGAGCCCAACUUCAGCAUUUGUGCGGUUCACUGCAGGGAGCGUUGAGCCGGCGCAUCAUCAUACAUUCGGGCAUGAUCUUGUGGUGUUAAAAGGGAGUAAAAGGGUGUGGAAUUUGAGUAAAGGGGAGAAAUAUGAUUUGGGUGUUGGUGAUUACUUGUUUACUCCAGCUGGGGAUGUGCAUAGAGUGAAGUAUUUUGAGGAUACAGACUUCUUUAUCAAGUGGGAAGGGCAGUGGGACUUGUUGCUGGAUGAGGAUCAUGCUGCUGCCAAUGCUGCAAUUGAUAAGGAAAUGGAGAAUUGACUGAGAUCAAACAAUCGAGCAAGGUGACAGAUCAAUAUAUUCAUGACUAAGAUAAACAGCACUCUAUCAAGGAAUGGUCUUAUUCAGCUUGAUGCAAAUGUAAUGGCAGCAUGUUCGUUAUAUUUAUGGACCGCGUUAGGAGUGCAAUGAUAUUUUGCGACACUACUUUCUGAACUCUACUUUUUAACUUUUUAUGCUUUAUGAGUUGAAAAAACUGGAGUCAGGGUUGUAAAGUUUUUGUCUUUAAUUUUGUAUGCUCUAGUGGUUGCCACAUUUCAGUCCCAGUUAUCUGUCAAAUAUUCUACUGAAAUAAUGCCAUUUUGUUGCGGGGUGGUUAUUUUGAUAGUGAGAUUUGCAGGAUUUC